AUGGAAGUUUCAUUCAGUAUCGUGCCGCCCUGCCCUGCCGUUCCUGAAAACUCAAGUGAUACCACUCAAGACGUCCCUCAGUAUUCCAGUCCAGUGACAAGUUGUCCUUCAACCCCGGAUAUCAUCGCUCAAGAUGACCUGAACGAUCCCAGAUCAGAGGAUUCAGAGGAUGCUCCAGCCUUGAACACCGUUGACGAUCUGGGUAAAGGUAUUAUCCACGUUAGCGACUCCAAGACGGAAUUUACCAUCCUAGUUGUGGGCGAGACUGGCACUGGAAAAACCACUGUACUGUCUCUAAUCGCGAAUAUACUUCAAGGCAAUACUCCCAAGACAUACAAAAAAUACCACGAGGAGAGCAAUGAGGCAGGUGGUUCUGCCAAACAUAGUCAAACCAACAAUGCAAAACUAUAUCAAUUCGUCAGUAAAAACGGCAUUACCGUUCGCAUUCUCGAUACACCAGGGUUGGCGGACACUCGCGGUAUCGCCCAAGACGAACAACACAAAGAAAGCAUCGCCCGAGCUAUACGAGACCAUAUUACGGUAGUCAAUGCUGUGAUCAUCCUCGCAAAUGGCACUGUCCCGCGUCUUGGGGUCGCCACGGACUACGCUUUGUCCACGCUUUCAUCCAUGUUCCCUAAGACGCUCGCUGAUAACAUCGGAUUUCUAUUCACCAACGUAUCCAGUCCACUCAGUUGGAAUUUUGAUGAGCAGUCUCUUCCUGACGCUUUACGCAAUGACCAUCUGUACCUCCUCGAUAAUCCUGUUGCAAUGCGGGACAAAUAUCUUGGCGAAAAGCAGAAAAUGGAAAGGCAACGAAAGCCUCAGAAGAGGCUACUCAAUGCGCUGGAACAGUCGGUCGAGGAUGGACACAAGAAAGCGCUCGGCGAGUUCGUAAAGAUCUUCGACUUCAUCGACUCCCGCUCCCCUCAACCUACCAAGGACAUUCUAUCGCUUUAUGCUCAAUCCCAAGAUAUCGAAAAGAAAAUCUCUGUCGCCUUUGCGACAAUGGAACAGAUGGCGAGCAAAACAACGACAUUGAAGAGGAUUGAGAAGGAGACUGAUGGUACCACAUUAACGAUCAAGCAAUAUGCAACAUACCAAAGCACGAUCAUGCAGAAUGUGUACAAGCAGGUCGACACACCGCACCACAAUACCUUAUGCGCCACCCCGAAGUGCUACCACAACUGCCACAAACACUGUCACCUCUCCUUCUCGCUCGAUCCCAAGGGCAUCCGAAAUUGUAAAGCCUUCAAAGGCGGUCGGGUCGAGAAUUGUACUGGAUGCGAGCAUCCUUACACACAGCACCGCCAUUACAAUGUCAUGUGGGAACUCAAGGAGGACGAGCAGAUCACAAUCGACGAAGAUGCGAAGAAGAAGUACGAUGACGCGGUAGAGGAGAAGGAAAAGCAGGAGAUGGGAAUGGCGCAGCUGAAAAAGAGUAUCGCGGACAUGGAUAUGGCGUUGGCGGAGGCGAUCACAAAGGUCGGACAGCUAGUUGAGGAGUACGCCAAGCUCUCCUUAUCCGGGAACUUCGCUGGCCAAGUGGAGAAGUCGGUUUCGUUGCUAGACCUGAACUUGCAGACCAUGCGUAGCAAUGGGACUGACAUUGACACAAUUAAAUCGGUUGAGAAGGCGCUAAAGCGUAUGGAGGAGAAGCUUGAUCUCGUCAAGAAAGCGAAGAAGGUGCGCGAAUUAGUCACUGACUUCAAAAACUAUAUCCACCACUAUUGA